AAACACAAUCAAUAUAUGAAAUCUACCCCUCAAUUCCUCAGAAAACUAAAGUUUAAUUCCUCAGUAAUAAUUUUUCAAUUCUUCUUCUUCUCCAAAGUCCAAAACCACAUUCAAGAAAAAAAAAAAAAAAAAAACAGUCAAUUAACCCCCCAAGAAUUCACCCUUUUCCGGGUCGAAAUUAACCACCCAAAUCCUCAUUAUUUACCAUCUCUACCAACAUUAACUUCUGGGUUUUUUCUUUUUUAAUUUUUUUUAGCCUGUUCACAAAAUCUAGUUCUCCUCAAACAUCUGACUGUUUGUCCUCUCUUUCUCUCUCCUCCUUUCCCCUUCUCUCUUUCUCUCUCUAAAGAGUCUUGACGAACUCACCACAACUCCAAAAAACCCAGUUCUAUUUUUUUCUUCCCAACAAUGAUUGUUGUGAUUAUCAUCUAAUUAUUAACCCCCCUUUUUCACUUUUGUUUGCAGUUUCAUAAUCCUCUUCAGUAUUUUAUUAGUCUAUUUGCUGUUAGUAUUUAGCACCCAAUAAUUGUGGUAGUUUUUUUUUUUUUAGUUUAUUAAAAAAGAAAAUAAAAAUCCAAGCUUUUUUGUUCUGAACCAAUAAAUUCUCGGGUUGCUUCAAUGCAAGCCCUUGAUCUUCCAUGUAACCCUUCUCUAGACCGUACCGGGCCCGAUCCCUCAACUGGGCCGGACCAUUUCGGUCCGAUCCACCAAAAAACCCGUGCCCAGAACAACACCAACAGUGAGAAUAUCAAGAAUGGUGGUGCUGCUGUUGACAACAAUGGCGGUGGUGGCAGUAGUUUGGUAGUUAGGAGGGAGAGGCCGUCGAGGGCAUGCACGCAGCGGGCGGCGGCCAGGCUGCAGGCCGCCGCUGCGGCGGAGGCUGCCACGGCUGAAGUGGGGAGGAAGAGGAAGAAAGCGAAGAGGCGGGAUAGUUUAUCGGUUAGGCCGUUGAAGGAGGAUUCCGAUGAGGAGGAGAUGUUUCCGGUGGAGGAGGAGGAGGAGGAGGAGGAAGGUGGUGGUGGAGACGAGGAGAAUGGUGCCUCCUCUUCGUUGCCACGGUUGCAAUUCAGUAGAAUGGUUACUCCGCUGGUCGGAGAGCCGGAGGAUUCGCAGCUGCCGCGGUGGAAUAUACGGUCCAUGUGGCAGUUGGCUUCUAUUCUUGAUUUCUUGAAUGUGUUUAGGCCUUUAUUGAAUGUUAAAGUGGAGUUUUCGGCGGAGGAGUUUGAGACGGCUUUGAUUACUCCAAACAAUACUCUUGCCGAUAUACAUAUCCCAUUACUAAAGGCAAUUCCACCUGUCACUAGAAUGGCACUUGGUCGUGCAACUUGGAUUACCGUUGUAUGCAGAAAAUUGAGAGACUGGUGGCAUUGGGUUGCGGAAGGAGAUCUGCCUAUAGUUGCGUCACAUGGGACUGAAAUCGAGGCAUACAAUGCACUUGAUCCCGGUGUUCGUGUAGUGAUUCUCAAGGCGUUGUGCGAUAUUCGUGUCGAGCAAGAAGAUAUACGGAACUAUAUCGAUGACUCAAUAAAACGAGGCGUUCAGCUUUCAGCAUUUCGUAAGGAACGCAUAGGUGGCGAUUCUUACGGAAUCUCAUAUUGGUAUGAAGACGAUCCAAUCAUUGGUCAUCGACUGUACAGAGAGAUCCGAAGAGUCGAGGUGAAAAAAGGAAAAGGAAGGAAUAUUCCUCCGAUUCCUCAUUCUUCUUAUCAAUGGGAAGCAGUCGCUACUAAUUUUGACGAAUUUCAAAAUGUUUCUGAAAAGCUCUUCUCGAGUAAAAACAGAACAGAGGUUUCAGUUGGAAAGAAAUUAAAGAAUAUCAUGCUCCCUGAAAUCGAGAAAGUCCACAAGAGGAAGGAGAAACUGUUGAAAAAGCAACACAGACAAGCGCUUAUGCUCGAUAAUAUGAUGAAUAUUGACGGUCUUCCUGCUGGACGAUCUAGGCGUGACAGAAAACCCGUUACCUAUACUUUUGAUGAUUAUGAUCGGUCAAUAAACGAAGCUAUAAAAAUCACCAAGAAAAAACAGCCAUCGGCAGAACCUUUCGAUGGCAAAGAUUCUUUCCCGAGACUAGAAGAUUCUAGAAAUAACGGUAAAUCAGGCGGCCCUUCACAAUACUCUCAAAAUCUCUCAUUUAGUCCACUUUCUCCCGAAUCGUUUGAAGAUGAUGAAGAAUUUUACGAUGACCAAAAAGCUGACGAAGCAUUGGAUCGAAGCAAUAGACGAAGGCAGAGGCCUCAACGGUACUCGGUGAGAGAGUUUGUGGAAGCUGUAUCGGAUAACGAGGCAGAUUUCGACAGUGAUGAUGAUAUAGUUGGGGAAGUAGUGUACGACGAAGAGUAUUUAAAAAAACGGAAAGAGAGGAAGAAAUUAUCGAGUAGCUCAGAGGGCGAAGAAGAGUAUAACUGGGAUGAAGAAAAUCCCGAAGAAGAAGAAGAAGAAGAAUAUGAUGAUGUCAUCUUAAGUACGAGCGAGGAUAAUAAUAGCGAUCAAGAGCCUCGUAAAUUCAAGGCAUACCCGAGGCGUAAUACAAGGGAAACGAAAAAAUCGAGAAAAAUCGACGAGCUCCAAUCGGGUCUCAGGCGAAGUCAAAGGUCAACCAAGAACCGCAUCAAUUAUAGCCAGUUGGAAAUGUCGGAAUCCGAUGAUGUGGGGCCCACGGUGAAAUCCGAGAAGUCGAAUGCUGCUGCUGCUGCGUUGGAGUUCUCGAGGGGUGGUGGUAGUGAAGAUUCUUACGAGAAAGCCAACGAUGAGCUAAUUGAGGAGCUGGAUGAAAAGGAAAUCGAUCCGACGGAGGAGGUUGAUUGCGGAGAUCGAGAAGGAGUCGAAGGUGUUAAAAAGAGACGGUUGCUUGAUUUAAACGAAGUUGUUCCUGGUUCUGGUUUUGACGACGGUCCCAAUUCGACGAGAGAUGAAGACGAAAAUGACUUGUAGAGUUUUUCUCCCUCUCACCGCCAAUUAUCCGAGAAAAUUCCCGUUGAUUAUUUAGUCGGUUUUUUUUUUUUUACAGUAUGCAUGUCUACAUUGAGAAAGCAACAAAAACGAAAUAUGAAUGAGAAACUCUUCUAGUUCAGAUUUCCGGUCGUUGUACAAUAUACUUGUACUGAUAUUUGUAACGAAAGAUUUCGAUGUUAGAUAUCGGGAUUCAGGACCUAUCGAA